AUGUGGAGACUAAACAGUAUACUACUGAACUACUGUUGGGUUCGUGAAGAAAUUGAGAAGUACCUACAGAUAGACAAAAAUGGAGACAUGACUUCAGAAGCUAUGGGAUCUUACAAAAGCAGUACUAAAGGGAAGUUUCUAGCAACACAAUAUUAUCCUCUUACCACAGGGGAUUGGAAUUUAUUGGGUGGCAUCCUAGAGGAAGUUCACUCCCAUUCAACUAUAGUGGGGAAAAUGUGGCUUACUAUCCUCUUCAUUUUUCGAAUGUUGAUAGUUGGUGUGGCUGCUGAAGAUGUGUGGGAUGAUGAACAAUCAGCCUUUGCCUGCAAUACCCAGCAACCAGGUUGCAGCAAUGUCUGUUAUGAUGCUUUCCCUAUUUCUUUGAUCAAGUUCUGGGUUUUACAGAUUAUAUUUGUGUCUUCUCCCUCCCUGAUGUAUAUGAGGCAUGCACUUUAUAGACUUAGGGCUUUUGAAAAGGAGAGGCAGAGAAAGAAGUCACAUCUUAGAGCCCACAUGGAGAAUCCAAAACUUGAAUUGGAGGAACAACAAAGGAUAGAUAGAGAACUGCGAAUGUUAGAGGAACACAAGAGGAUCAGAGUCCCUCUGAAAGGAUGUUUAGUGCAUACUUACGUUUUACAUAUUUUGACCAGCUCUGUCCUAGAAGUAGGGUUCAAUAUUCUUUAUGGGUUUCAAAUGUGUUCCCUUUACAAAUGCACUCAAUCUCCUUGCCCCAAUUCAGUGGAUUGCUUUGUAUUAAGGUCCACAGAAAAAACCAUUUUCAUGACCUUUAUGCACAGCAUUGCUACCAUCUCUUUGUUCAAUGUUUUAGAAAUAUUUCAUCUGGCAAUCAAGAAAAUCAUAAGGGCAGUUCAUGAGAAAUCCAGCAGUGAGGGCACUGACUCCGAAAAGUACCCUCCAUUUCAUUCUGAAAAACUUUCAGUGGCCCAGCAGUUUAAGAUUUGCUCUCCAUUGCCUGAAAGAACUUCUCUACUUCAAGCAAACUAUCAGCAGCAAACCAUCCAAGUCAAUAUGUCAAAGUCUGAAAAUCCCACAGCCCCGGCACCUUGAGGUAGGUAGACCCGUGUCAACAAUGAGUGGGCUGAGGGGAAUCAGCACAGCGGACAGCUCCAUGUCCACAGCCCAUGUCCCUGGUUUGCUGCUACUAAAAUUCAGCACCCUGGACAGCAACCACAGCAAUCAUUCCCUCUUUGCCUACAAAAUACAACCUUCCAGUCCUGGCUAGGUACAAUAAGGGCUCCUAGAUUCUGCCCAUCCUAUGCAGCAGGAAUCUGGGAGCAGUCUCAGGACCAGCAACUUUCAGAGGACCCUCUUACAGAUUUGCAUCUACAAUCUGUAAAGACAGCAAUAGCAGUAUGAGGGAGAGGGGUCUGGACAGACAGAGCUUACUCUGCCAAUUGCAAGGCUAGCUUUCUAUCCAGGAGGAAGCUGUACAGUGAUUCGGGAAGCCCAGGUUCUCAGAAUUGCUCUUUCUUGGAAUUUCUACAUCAAGAAAACAGCUCUUCACUUCUGCCUGGACAUAGAACAUCGGUGAACUGGGAAGACUGGGUACAAAGAAGAAGGUCAUCCCAGAAAGUGAAGAAGUACAAAGACAGAUCUUUUACAGCAGAGUUCCUGGGGACUCAGGUUUGA